CAUUUUCAAACGCCAGAAGUGGGAAGCUGUUGCACAGCACACAUAAGUAAGGGAGGAAACUGUUGUACAAAUAACAUUUACAUCUCGAAGUGACAUCUUGCGAAGACCUUCUGUUCAAUUUAUUCAACCGUUCAAAGAUUGCACUUGAUAUACAUCAGUCAUGGGGGACGAAAGUGAAUGGAUGAAGCUGCCGGCAGAUCAGAAGUGUGAACACAAGAUUUGGAAAGCCAGACUUCAUGGCUAUGAAGAGGUGUUAAAGAUCUUUCCCAAGAUAUGUGAUGAAAAGAGUCCAGAGUGGGGCAAAUAUUUGGGGCUGAUAAAAAAAUUUGUGACUGAUUCAAAUGCUGUGGCCCAACUCAAAGGACUAGAGGCAGCUUUGGCUUACAUUGAAAAUGCACAUGUGGCAUCAAGGACUGCUGGUGAGGUAGUGUCUGGAGUGGUCAGCAAAGUCUUUAACCAGCCCAAGGCCAGAGCCAAAGAGCUUGGCGUGGAGAUUUGCCUGAUGUACAUUGAGAUUGAGAAGGCAGACGCUGUGCAGGAGGAGUUGCUGAAAGGUCUGGACAACAAGAACCCCAAGAUCACAUUGGCCUGUGUGGAGACAAUAAGAAAAUCACUGAGUGAAUUUGGCCCAAAAAUAGUGACACUGAAGCCAGUAGUGAAAGUCCUGCCCAAACUCUUUGAGUCUCGAGAGAAGGCUAUCAGAGACGAAGCCAAACUCCUGGCCAUAGAAUUGUACAGAUGGAUUAGGGAUGCAGUACGGCCAGCGCUCCAGAACAUUAACUCUGUACAGUUGAAGGAGCUGGAGGAGGAGUGGACUAAACUGCCGGCGUCGGCGCCCAAGCAGAGCCGCUUCCUGCGCUCACAGCAGGACCUGAAGGCCAAGCACGAGCAGCAGCAGCUGAAGGAGGCCGCAGGAGGAGACGAGGCAGAUGGUGCAGGUGGUGGUGGUGGUGAUGAUGAUGAUGACACUCCUGUAGUAGACCCUUAUGAGCACAUGGAGGCUGUUGAAAUUCUCUCCAAACUCCCCAAAGACUUCUACGACAAAAUUGAGGCCAAAAAAUGGCAAGAGAGGAAGGAAGCCUUGGAUGCACUGGAGGCCUUGGUCAAAAAUCCCAAAAUCGAGAGUGGAGACUUUGGGGAGCUUGUUAGAGCCCUGAAUAAGGUUGUUGGGAAGGACUCUAAUGUAAUGUUGGUGACCCUAGCAGCCAAAUGUACUGCUGGACUUGCCUCAGGACUCAGGACAAAGUUUGGAACGUAUGCUGGUCAUGUGGUGCCAACUAUCUUGGAGAAGUUCAAAGAGAAGAAGCCUCAGGUUGUCCAGGCGCUGCAGGAAGCGAUCGAUGCUGCUUUCCUCUCUACCACUCUUCAGAAUCUGAGCGAGAGCGUCCUGUCUGUGAUGGACAACAAGAACCCCUCCAUCAAGCAGCAGGUCUCCCUCUUCCUGGCCAGAAGUUUCCGCCGCUGCACUGCGGCCACUCUGCCCAAGAGUCUGCUGAAGCCUUUCUGCGCUGCGCUCCUCAAGCAUGUGAAUGACAGUGCACCUGAGGUUCGAGAUGCAGCCUUUGAAGCCCUUGGAACAGCCAUGAAAGUUUUGGGUGAACGAGCGAUAACCCCCUUCCUGGCAGACCUAGAAAAACUCAAGGCAGACAGGAUAAAGGAGUGUGCGGAUAAGGUGGAGCUGGCUGGAGGGAAGACAGGUGGUGGUGGUGGUGGUGCUGCUGCUGCUGUGAAGGAGAAGCCUCCUCCCAAGGCCCCUGCGGCCGCACCAAAGAAGGCUCCGGCAGCUGCGCCAGCCAAGAAGGGAAAGCCAGCUGCAGGAGGAGGAGCCAAGAAAAGCGUGUCCAAAAAAGCAGAGGCCAAAGAGACAGUGGAGACCGAGCUGUCUCCUGAGGUGUGUGAGGAGAAGGCCGCUGCUGUGCUUCCAGCCUCCUGUUUGCAGAUGCUGGACAGCGCCAACUGGAAGGAGAGAUUGUCCAGCAUGGAGGAAUUCCAUAAGGCUGUGGAGCGCAUGGAGCCCAGCGAGAUGCCCUGCCAAGCUCUCGUCCGCAUGCUGGCCAAGAAGCCCGGCUGGAAGGAGACCAACUUCCAGGUGAUGGGGCUGAAGUUGCAGGUGGUUGCCACGGUGGCCCAGAGGGGCUCCUUCUCCAAAACCUCCGCUCUGGCCGUGCUGGAAGCACUGGUCGAGAAGGUCAGCGACGCAAAGUGCGGGGCGAAGGCGAAGGACGCCAUGAGUAACAUCGCAGAGGCCUGUUCACUGCCAUGGACUGCAGAGCAGGCUGUCUCCAUGGCCUUUGUCCAGAAGAACCCCAAGAUCCAGGCGGAGACCCUGAGCUGGCUGUCUAAUGCCAUUAAAGAGUUUGGAUUUGCAGGCAUAAAUGUUAAGUCCUUCAUCAAUAAUGUCAAGACAGCCCUGGGAGCUAGCAAUCCUGCUGUUCGGACUGCGGCCGUGUCCCUCCUGGGCGUGAUGUUCCUCUACAUGGGGGCCGCUCUCAGGAUGUUCUUUGAGGAUGAGAAAGCAGCCCUGCUCUCUCAGAUCGACUCAGAGUUUGAAAAGAUGAAGGGCCAGUCAGCCCCUGCGCCCAUCAGAGGCUCCAAGACGAGCGCAGGAGGAAGUGCAGGCGGGGGGUUGGAGGAGGAGGAGGAGGGAGAGCAGGAGGGAGGUGCAGGCGAUGUUGUGGAUCUCAUCCCAAGGACCGAUAUUAGUGACAAGAUCACCUCAGAGAUGGUGUCGAAGAUUGGCGACAAAAACUGGAAGAUCCGUAAGGAGGGGCUUGACGAAGUCGCGGCUGUCAUCUCAGAGGCCAAGUUCAUCAAGCCCAACCUCGGCGACCUGCCUCUGGCUCUUAAAGGCAGACUCUCCGACUCCAACAAGAUACUGGUCAUGCAGAGUCUGACCAUCCUGCAGCAGAUUGCCAAAGCUAUGGGUCCUGCCCUGAAGCAGCACAUUAAAAGUGUUGGCAUCACCAUCAUCACCGUGCUAGCAGACAGCAAGAAUACAGUGCGCGCCUCUGCUUUGACCACCCUGAAUGCCUGGGUGGAGCAGACUGGGGUGAAGGAGUGGCUGGAGGGAGAGGAGCUCGCUGAGGAGCUGAAGAGAGAGAAUCCCUUCCUCCGACAAGAGCUGCUGGGCUGGCUGGCGGAGAAGCUCCCCACCCUGCGCUCGGCGCCUUCCGACCUGGCCCUGCUCCUGCCGCACCUCUACACCUGCCUGGAGGACCGCAACGCUGACGUGCGUAGGAAGGCCCAGGAGGCCCUGCCCACCUUCAUGAUGCACCUGGGUUUCGACAAGAUGAACAAAGCCGCAGGCAAACUCAAGCCAGCCUCCAAAGACCAGGUGCUGGGGAUGCUGGAGAAGGCCAGGACUCUCAUGCCUGCGAAGCCUGCCGCUCCAGCCAAAGCUGCCCCUGCACCCAAACCCGCUUCAGGUUCCAGUAAGCCACCGCCACCCCAAGUGGAGCCUGAGGCUCCAGAGCCAAAGAAAGUAAAGUCAGGAUCUGGGGACAAAACAAAGAGACUGUCGCAGGAGCUGAACAAGAGUGCCAGCAGCAUGGACGGUAGUUUCAAUGACAGUAAAAACAGCGCCUCUGGAAAGAGCACUGUUAAGAGGAAGAAUGUAGCUGGUAAGAAGGCCGCGGGUAAGGCAGCUGUUGAGGAAGACAAAUCGGGCCCCCUGUACAUCCUGGUGCCCAACGGCAAAGAGCAGCGGAUUAAGGACGAGAAGGCUCUCAAGGUGCUGAAGUGGAACUUCCUCGCUCCGCGGGAUGAGUACAUCGAGCAACUGAAGGUUCAGAUGACCCCCUGCGUGGCCAAGUGGUUGCUGGAGGAGCUCUUUCAUUCAGACUUCCAGCGGCACAUCAAAGCCAUUGGCGCUAUGAUUGAGCGCCUAAAGGAGGAACAGGAGGCAACGGUCAGCUGUCUGGACCUGAUCCUCAAGUGGUUCACGCUUCGCUUCUUUGACACCAACACCAGUGUGCUGAUGAAAGCCAUGGAAUACCUCAAGCUCCUCUUUACUGCCCUCAGCAACAUGGACUACCACCUCAGUGACCACGAGGCCACAGGCUUCAUCCCCUACCUCAUGCUCAAGGUGGGCGAGCCCAAGGAUGUGGUGCGUAAGGAUGUGCGCGCCAUCAUGGGCAUGCUGUGCAAGGUGUACCCCUCCAGCAAGCUCUUCCCCUUCCUCAUGGAUGGCACUAAGUCCAAGAACUCCAAACAGAGGGCAGAGUGUCUGGAGGAGCUGGGCUCCCUCAUCUCCUCGUUCGGCAUGAACGUUUGCGGCCAGGCAGGCAACAAGUCACUGAAGGACAUCGCCGUCCACAUCGGAGACCGGGACACGUCGGUGAGGAAUGCCGCUCUUAACGCAGUGGUGACCGCCUACAACGCCUGUGGAGAGCAGGUCUACAAACUCAUCGGCAAUCUGUCUGAGAAAGACAUGAGCAUGCUGGAGGAGCGGAUCAAGCGCUCCAGCAAAGCCCCUCCAGUGGCCAAGCCCGCCGUGGAGAAGGGCCGGAGGACUAGCAUCCGCAGGCCAGUCCAGGAAGAGGCCCCCAAGCCCAGUGUGCCAGAGCCACAGCCUCCCCCCUUGGCACCAAUAGGAGAGUUCCAGCUGGACCCUGCCCAGUUUGAGGACGACCUGGGCGAAGUUGCGCUGCCCGACCUGGUCCAGCACAAUCUCAACGAUCUUCUUGAGCCCAUUCAGGUCCCAGAGCCAAAGCUGCGCCCUCUCCCCACCCACUACGAGGAUCCACAAAGCAGCACGGACUCCACUGUAAACUUUGUCAUCACUCAGGUGGCCAGCACAGACUUGAACACAAGCAUCCAGGCCCUAUCACAGCUGGAUGAGGUCCUGCGUCGCGAGGGCAAGGUGGAGGUGAUGGCCGGCCACGUGGACCAGUUCCUUAUCGUGGUGCUCAUGCAGCUGCGUCGGCUGUCCAGCCACAUGGCCGAUGAGCAGAAGCCCCGCCAUGACGUCUUCCGCCUCUACAGCUGCAUCCUCGGCACAAUGCUCUCGCUGAUGGCAGUGGAACCAGUGCGUGAGGCUUCGAUGACCGUGCUGAAGGACUUGACCCACGCUCUGAUCUCGCUCAUGCUGGACCCCCGGGUGAACAAGGAGGAUGAAGGCACUCCGCUCAUCCGCUCGGUGCACCUGCUCCUGGGCCACCUGCUACAGAAGGCCGACCCGACCAACAUGCUCAGUGCACUGAUUGCUGAAUUGAAGGAAGUUAUUGGUGCAAACUCUGGAUCUUCAGACUUUGCUGACAUGGUCAUGAAGUGUCACUGGCGGCUUAUUAAGUUCCUUCCUGAGAAAAUUGACCAGAUCAAGCUUGAUCGCAUUCUCCUGGACAUCCACAACGUCAUGAAGGCCUUUCCCAGAAGCAAGCUUAGUCAGCUGAAGAGCGACAUGCCACAAAGGACUAUUAAAACCUUACUGCACUCUCUCUGUAGAUUAGUGGGACCCAGGAUUUUGGACCACAUGACUUUAAUCGAGAACAAGAAAGAAUCUGAAUUGGAGACCUAUUUGAAGAAAGUGACCAAUGACAAAGAUGGCACUCAUUUGAAAAAGGGCAAAUCAAAUGAGGUUCUUGAUGAGAUCUUCAAGAAGAUUGUGUCCACUGAGAAUUCCAAAGAGGGCCUAAAUAAGCUGCUCCUGUAUAAGAAGAAGUACCCGAACACAGACCUGAGUGGCUACCUAAAGAAACUGCCCGCAAGCCUGCAGGGCCUGGUGGAGCGUGUACUGAAGUCCCUGAACACAGACCAGGAGGAGAAGUGUCAGAGUCAGCGCCCCACAUCAGUGUCUACCCAGCCCACCACAGUUGGCCCACCCAAGCCUUUGCAAGCGGUCACCAAUCCCAGCACCAGCGCAUCAUUGCCGACACCCGCUUACUCCAUUGCAGACGCCCGGCAAAGACUCCAGAUAAUGAAACGGCGCUACGGAAAGGAGGACACCACUCCAGCAGAUGUGAAGUCGGCCGAGGAGGAGAGGCCCCCUCUGCAGGCGCUGGCCUCCAAGCCGGCCGUGAGCUCCUCCAUGGAGCUGCUCCAGAGCAAGCUGUCCCAGCUGCAGGAGGCCCGCCAGCAGAGUCGGCGCGAGGCCACCACGACCACGUCGCCCCCGACCCUCACCAGCGCAACCGAUGCCCCCGCCCCCACCUCCACAGCCCCCCCAAACCGCCCUAACCUCAGCGACCUCAAGAUGAGACUGGAGAGGAUAAAGGCCAAUAAAAUAUGAACCCCCCUCCCUCCCCCUCUCUUUCCUUCCAUCUUUAUUAUACGUGUCUGUUAUUCUCUGUUUUUGUUAGUCUUCCCCCCCCCCCCCCCCUUGUUCAAUCUCUACUGUGAAGCUACUGUGACUGAUUUUGUUUUAUUGUUGCAAUUUUUAAAUUAAAAGCCAUUUUAAAGCA